CCCCUUUCCUAUUUAGCUAUCAUUUCAGCCCUCCCAUCUCCAUCCACAAUUUCUCACUUCAUCCUUCCUUCGAUUCCUCUGUUGAACAUCGAUUGAUAUUAGAGACUGAGAAUCGAGAAUUGAAUUUGAUUACAUGGAGCGAUCUUCUUCUUCAUCGAUGGAGCUGGAUUCCGAUCUGAACCUCAAGGCCACGGAGUUGAGAUUAGGUUUACCUGGACACUGCGGCGGCGACGACGACGGGCCUGAGAAGUCGCAGAUCAGCAGCACUUCUCCAACAACUGUAUUGACAAUCGGCAGAAGCAGCGGCGGCAGCAACAAGCGAUCUUCGCCGGAAGCUCCGUCGUCCAACGAGUGCCGGUCGCAGAGCGAUUCCAGCGCGUCCGGUAUCGAAUUCGAAGACCGAGAUUGCGCUCCUCCUCCUGCCAAAGCGCAAGUUGUGGGGUGGCCGCCGAUCCGAUCCUACCGGAAAACCUGUUUGCAGCAGCAGAAGAGGGGAAGCGAGUCUUCCAGCGGGUCGGGGAUGUAUGUGAAAGUGAGCAUGGACGGAGCUCCCUACCUGCGGAAGGUCGAUGUGAAGAUGUACAAGAGCUACGCGGAUCUGCUGGCGGGGUUGGAGAGCAUGUUCAAGCUCAAGUUCGGAGAGUACUCGGAGAGGGAAGGAUACAACGGAUCUGCCUACGCUCCGACCUACGAGGACAAAGACGGCGACUGGAUGCUGGUUGGGGAUGUGUCGUGGGAGAUGUUCAUCUCUUCCUGCAAGAGGCUCAGGAUAAUGAGAGGCUCCGAAGCGAGAGGCCUUGGUAACUGAGAAUUUAAACAGUUACUCACAGUCUCACACACACAACACAAACAAAGCUCAGCCAUGGCGGCCACAGCUUUUUACUGAUAUAUUAUCUUAAACCUCUGCCGGGUUCUUGAUUUGGAACCGACGGGAUCAUUUCUGGUUGUAUACAUAUAUACAGUAUAAAGAGCAUCUCGAACAGAUCGUAAUGGAUUGCUCUUUAAUUUUUUUUUUUAAACCUUUUUUGGGGAUGUUCUUCAGCUCAUUUGCUUUGUUUGGGUUCUUGUUGCUUGCUGGCUUUGGCUGAUCCUUUUUUCUUACUUUUCCUCCCUAUACGUUCCACACUGAAUACAGAGACAGUUCACAGAGAUCAAAUAAAU